AUGGAAUUGGGUGGGCAAAGGAGGGACGGAUGGAUCCAUCAGGAUGAGAAAGAACGAGAUGGAGGGGACACGGGGCGGGGAGCGGUCAAGGCGGGGGAUAAUAUAGGAGAAACGAGGGUAGAGGAAAGGCGGGAAAGAGUAGACGCGAAAGAGCGGGGGAGCAAAUGUGGCGGAGAUGAGGUGAGGCGGAGAUUGAUGUCAAUAGACGUAACAUUCCACACCUCUGAUCUUAUCAUCAUCAUCAUCAAUGGGAAAGUACAAAAAACAAAAAGAAAAAGUAAUCCGGUACGUCUGACUGAUAGGACACUAAUAGUGUGA